AUGGGGUCGAAGAUGCUUCCUGACUGCUUCUGUGGCCGAUGGAUGGCGAGAAUUAGAAGAAUGAAAAUAGAUGCCCGCUUCCGUUAUUACUUUCAGCACCCAUGGUCCCGCUUGGUUGUGGCCUAUCUUGUCACCUUCUUUAACUUUCUCGUCUUUGCUGAGGACCCAGUGUCCCACAGCCAGACAGAGGCACACAUGAUAGUGGUGGGAAACUGUUUCUCCUUUUUAUUAAAUAAGUAUCCAGGAGGAGGAUGGAAUGCCCUGAAAGUGAUAAUGUGGAUUCUGGCGAUCUUCACAGGCCUCAUUGCUGGGAAGUUCUUCUUUCAUCGAAGGGUAUUUGGACGGUACCUACGACUGAAGAUGUUUCGUGAAGAUCAUGGCUCCUGGAUGACCAUGUUCUUUAGCACCAUCCUUUUCCUCUUCAUCUUUUCGCAUAUCUACAACCUUCUUCUCCUUAUGACUGGGAUGGGUCCACACAUGGUUACAGAGUACAUGGGCAUAAGGAAUGAGAGCUUUAUGAAAAUGGCUGCAGUUGGCACAUGGAUGGGAGAUUUCGUGACAGCAUGGAUGGUGACAGAUAUGAUGCUACAGGACUCCCUUUACCCAGACUGGGGGCGAGCAGCCCGACGCUUCUGGAAACAAGGAAACAACAGGAUUGUGCUAUUCUGGACAGUGUUGAUCUCACUGACCUCAGUGGUAGUACUGGUCAUUAGUACAGACUGGAUCAGCUGGGAUAAUCUGAAUCGUGGGUUCCUACCCAGUGAUGAGGUCUCUCGAGCCUUCCUCGCCUCCUUUAUUUUGGUCUUUGACCUCCUCAUUGUCAUGCAGGACUGGGAGUUUCCCCAUUUUAUGGGAGAUUUGGACAUGAACUUACCUGGACUGCCUACAACCCAGCUAAGAUUUAAACUGCCAGUCUGCACACAGAUCUUCAAGGCGGAGUAUCAUAUACACAUCACAGGUAAAUGGUUCAACUAUGGCAUCAUCUUCUUGGUUCUCAUUCUUGACUUAAACAUGUGGAAGAACCAGAUCUUCUAUAAACCCUAUGAGUAUGGCCAGUAUGUUGGUCCAGGAGAGAAGAUCUUCACAGUAGAAGAGCCGGACACACUUAGCCACUUCAACCACAGCACUCUAACGUGGCAGUGGCGCUCAAAUAACAUAGACCCUCUCACCAACAGGACCUACAUCCAAGAAGACAUGUUUCUCCACAGCCAAUACGUUGGUGCCAGCCUAGAUGUGAAGUGCUUGGCGUUUAUUCCAAGUCUGGCUGCCUUUGUUCUUUUUGGCUUCUUUAUUUGGCUUUUUGGACGUUUCCAGGAUAAUGAGACCUUUCCAGAGAGCAAGGACAAGACGUAUGAGCGCAUCAAACGCAAGUCACCGUCAGAUUUGGGUGUCACACCAGACGAGAUGCACAUCUCUAUGAGUGAGACUUUAAAAAGUAGUGGUAUUCCUAUGCUGCUGCUAGUGGACACACACCAUUUCAGGUCCUCUGCCAACUCCAUAUCACCUUGCUCUAAUGAGACCCAGGAGACACAGUCUGGCAUGUCUUUGGAUAAAGCAUCUUGUCCUGGAGCUGCAGAUGUUAAAAGAUUGACAUCAUGAACUUACGAAGCUUAUAUAAUCUCUAGAAAGCUGAAAUUUGUUUCUGCUGAGUUCCUUCAGGUGCAUAUUUGCCUUGAUGGGAUUGAAUGGAUU